AAUAAGUUUUUAGGUUAGAAAAGUCAAAAUACUGCAGGGAAGGCGUAAAAAAGUGAGAUUUCAGGGAUUCACAGACAUUUAUAAACAAUUUUCAAAAAAAAUAACUGCUGACGCUUAUCUUGAUAAGACUAUUAAAAUUAAGUGCUGUUGUUCGAGUAGUUCCACAGAAAACUUCAUUUGAAUCAUUGUAGUUACAACCAUCAACAAACAUGGAACCAUCCACAUGGAUUAAAGAUACCGGGCGUCCUUCCGCUGGACAUCCAUUUUCCAGCCUUAACCCCAAUGCAUCAGAAUUCAUACCCAGAUUCAAUGCUGCACCUUCCACAAGUCCAUCUCCCUUAUUGCAUACUGCUAUACCUUCAGUUAGAGCAUGUUUGCCACCUGGUUAUGCUAUAGUGUCCCCUAUUUGUCCAGUGUCAAGUGGUCAAAGACCCCCUUUUGGUUGCCAGCCAUUUACUUUGCCUCUUCAGGUGCCACAUGCUGAUACAAGCUAUAAAGCUCCAGAUCAUUUGUCUGAAGAGAAACCAGAAUUAGAAGAACCAAUACAAGCCCAAAAAGUUGAAGAGAAACCCAAAACUGACAGUUAUCCUAUUAGAAAUAAUUAUGGAUUUAAUAGAAGGGAUAUUUCCAGAGGAUACAAACACAGUCUGGAAAGCUCUAGGCCAAGAACUGAUUCAGAAAACUUUAGAAGGAACUUAAAUCAAGGCCCAUGGAAUGAAAAUGGAGAAGAAAGACAAGAAGAACCAUUGAGAAAUCAUGAUAGGAACUAUAGAGAAAGAGGUAGUAUUAGAUUAGAACCAAAUCAGCAAAAUAAUGUAGCUAGUGGUGGAGCAAUAGCAACUGAGAAAAAGAAAGAUGCCUAUGAGGAACAACAAAGAAAUUACAGAAGUGGAUUUAAUAAUCGAGGCAGAAGUGGAUACAGACUAAAUACAGAUAGACGAGAAGUGCAGAGGCACCAAAGUGACUUCAAUAGAAAGUUUGAAAAAGGUAAUGAAGACUGGAGAGAUAAUCAGGAAGAAAAGUUCCAUGAACUAUAUAGGUCGCAGAAUAGCAAUUAUAGGGGUGGUUUCUAUAGAGGGAGAGGACAAAGAUGGAACAAAAGUAGGGAACAAAUCUCUUCCCAUGACAUUGACAAAGAGUGUGAAGUAGUCAAGAGUAAGGUUAUGACAGAAGGCGUUGAAGAGAACAAAAUUUGGAGUAAAGAUGGUCAUGAAACAUAUUCCAAACCACUUAAAAGUUAUGAGGGAUAUUACAGAGGUAAAGGUAGAGGAGGGCAUAGAUCAAACAGAGGUAGAAAAUCCCCUAUCCACCAAAAUAAUUUUAAUGAUGAAAAACUAGAAGAUGCUAAACAAAAACUUAAUUUAGCAGAAAAUAAUGCAGGGGAAGAAAAUAGUGAAGCUCAUCACCAAGAUAAUUUGGAGUCAAAGGAGCAUUACUGCAAAGGUGAGUGGGAAAGUUCCUGGGCAGACCAUAAUAGUGAAGAGAAAAUUCUAGAAGAGCCAAACACAAGUUAUCAUCAAAUAAGCAUUGAUGUUAAACAUCAAAAUGAGGUGAAAGAAAAUGAAUUUGGGUCAGUGGGCCAGGGAGAUGAUAAGGAGAAGACUAUAAUUACCUCAGAAAUUAUUAGAAAGAAUGGUGAAGAUGAAAAAGAUUUGACAGAACCAGACAGUAUCCAAAAACCUUUAGUCAAGGAAUGUUCUAAUCAAAAUCAAAUAAUAAGAGAUAAAAGUCCUUCAAAGAGUACAGCAGCUAGGGGAACUGAAAAGCCUGUUGUACAAAGACAAAAUCGAGCAAAAGAGAGAAAUGGUUCAGAACAAAAUGCAAAGAAUUCAUCAAGAAGGGGACGCCUCUCAAAUGCAGAUUUUUCAAAAAAUUAUGAUUCUAAGCCUAGAGGUAGAGGUACUGGAGGGAGAGGAAGAUUAAGUGAUAGACAACCAUUAAAAUCUAAUGAAGUUAAAGAAACCUGCUCUGAGGAACAUUUAGUUUUAAAUGAAUCAAAUCAAAUUUCAGAAACACCUCUAGAAAAAGACAAAAUGAACAGAUCCUGGAUCCAAGAAAUGGAAGAAGAGAGGAACCUGCAGGAGCAAACACAAGAGGCACCUCAAACUUUGCCCUGGAGAACUAGAAAUAAUGGUGGUUCAACUUUUAAAGAUAGAUAUUGGGAUAAGGAAAGAAAAAUGAGGAGAUCAUUGGAGAAACAAAAUGGUGACACUGGUUCAUGGAGGCAUAGGUCAGACACUGUACAGGAAGACUGCAAAUACAGAGAUCCAAGAAUGGAAAGAGAAAAGAAACAAUUUUAUCUAAAACCAACUGGGUUUGAACAGUGGGAGAGACAGUGGAUGAUGAUGCAAAUAGAAAAAGACAUAGAAGAAAUUGAAGGGAAUCUGUUUAAUCAGCCGAAGGAAUUUUCUUUGGUUCACUGUGUUGCUGAGGAUUUCAGAAUGGGCAGUGGAAUUGCUGUGACUUUUAAGCGUGAAUUCGGUAACCAAGCAGAACUCCUGGACCAAUAUGUGAAACCAGGUGGCCUGGCAGUUCUAUUUGACGAGGAACAUCAGCGUUUUAUUUAUUAUUUGGUUACCAAAAAAGAAUCUUCAGGAAAACCGACUUAUCAAGACCUCUGGGAAUCUUUGUGUAAACUUAAAGAUCAUAUUAAGGAAAACAAGGUGACAAAAUUAGCUAUGCCACGACUGGGUUGCGGUUUGGACCGUUUAGAAUGGAAUAAGGUGAAAGCGAUGUUAGCGCAUUUAUUUGACAAUGUUGAUGUUGAGAUUCGAGUGUGUAAUUUAGUUCAGAGUGAACCAGCAGAAGAAAAGAAGUCUAAUACGUGUAAACUGGUGGUAGAGGACAACACCGCCCUAACCAACAUUGACUCAGGGACUCUGUUGCUUUAUUUUACCGACACUGAAGGAACCAGCGACGAUACCAUGCUGCGUUUGUCCAAAAAAUUUAAUUUCAUGGAAGAGUUUAAUCAACAUACGCCAAAAUCUCUUGGGGACAUAGUUUAUUUCGACGAUAACGUCACAAAUUACGGCAUUUGCGGGUGUAUUGUUAGAAAAUCUCCAAAUGACACGAUCAGUUUUAAAGCUUUGCAAAAGUGUAUAGAAAAUAUUAACGAAAAAAAUAAGGCAUUCGGCGACAGUGCAUUCUUAUACGUAGCGAUGCAGUGGGUGAAUGAAGAGGCUUAUUUAGACAAAACGGUUAAUCAAAAGAUAAUUUCCGUUUUGAUUAAUAUUUUAAAGGACGCUAGUGUACAUGUUUGUAAAGGGAAUUUUGGGGACGAAGGAGAGUAGAAGAGGCAUAUUUAGUAAUUUUUUUUAGGAACAAAAUUUAUUUGGAGGGUUUCCAAGAAAGGAAUAACUGAUUCAUUCAAAUGGCGUUUGUCGUGGCGUACAGUGGGGCAAAGAGUGUGUUAUGUUGGUCAGUUAGACCACUAGAGAACAUUUUUUUAGGUAUUUUGAGCUCACUUUAGAUAGAUUCUGAACAUUGGAAAUAUAUGAUAUAUAUGUUAAUUUUUUGUCGGAUAUCAAUAAUAAUGGUGUUGCACACUUAAAGUAAAAUCACAGAUUUAGUUUUUAAAAAUCUAAAAAACGUUAUGAUUAUUUAGACCAUACUCCAUCACACACAACUUUAAUUCUUGCUCUCGUUACCCGCUUCUAUGAUUUUAUCGUAUGCGAAUUCUUCUAGAUAGUUUUAGAAAAUGCUAUUGUUGUUAUGAGAGAGAUCGAAUAUCUAAGGCAGCCAAAAAUUCGUUUGUUUGACAUAAUCUACAUCCAAUACGUACAGAUCCAGAAACCUUAAUUUGCUAUUUUUAGGCGUUUUACUAGAUAUUCUAUGUGUAAUGUAACAUCCAAACACUUUAAAAUUAAUACAGAUGUUACUCUUAUUUUCUUUUCUAUUUUAGUCAUAUUUCCUGAGCAGAUAAAUAAUCCGUGAUGAUGGAAAGUUCCGUAUUUCUUAAAUGAAAUAUUUAAUAUCCACGAUUGUCCUUCGUGGCAAAUUUUGUUUCGUAUUAGGGCUAAAAAUAAAAAUUAUAUGCCUAUAAAAAACUUUCAUUUACCAACAUUCUGUUUUCAAAUAAGUAAGGAACGAAUUCCAUAAAUACCAUAAUCGAUUAGCUAAUGAGGUAAUUGUGCUGGGUUAAUCGGAUCUGAAAAUUUUGUAAUAAAUAUUUCCAGAACGUGUUGUUAGAGAACAUAUUUUUGCAGUGAUUCCUUGUCAUCACUAAAAUAAUUUAAAAACUCAAGCUGUUAGUAAAACACGAUCAGUAUUUAUAGCUAACAAAUAACUUUUUUGUAACGCAUACCUUUUAUCAUCAAAGAAAUUUUCUUUGAGGUUUGUACUUGGUUUGCCCUUUUAGAAAUAUUCGAAUGAGUAUCACUUUUGAGGUCAAAUAUAGAGGUAAUUCCAGCAUUGACAUGUCUAGAAAAUCAUUAAAUUAUGUAUUAAGAGUUUCAUUAAAUGAUCCAUUAUCAUGUAGUAAAUAAAAUUGCUUUAAAAAAUUUCUACAUAACUGAUUAGACAUUGAAGAAGCGAUGUAAAGAAUAGAUUUACCUCUACAUCAAAAUAAUGAAUUUUGUUAUAAAUGACUCUGUCUUAAAUAAAAAUAAAAUUACCUUAUUAAAACACGACCGCAUAUCUAUCUAAGCUAAGAUAUUUGAAAAACAGUGCCUUAAAUCAUAAUUUUGCAAGAAUAACUUCUUUUUCCAAAUUAAAUGGAGGAUCUAACAGUUGACUUCUUAUAAAAAAUAUUUUAUCACCUCGCAGAUUUAAGACAAAAAAGGACCAAGUCUGUCCGUAUGUUACGCCACUGGCAAUUUUUUCAAAAAUUGGCUUUAUCAGUAAUUGACAAUUCACUACAAUAAGCUGCAUGCGAAAUUUAAUUUAAAUUGAGCUGGUAGUUUAAAAAUUAUGAUAAAUAAACAAAUAAUUAUUCUUAACUUUUACACCCUGUAUCUUUGUUAUUUAAUAUUUCUGAGAAAAAUUUUAUAAUGAAAGUCUAUUUCUUUUUAAAUUCUCUAUCACGUCUUAAAAUUAAUGACGUUUAAACUGGACCACCCUGUAUAUUUAUAAACAUUUUUUGACCUGGCCAAAAGUAAAGCAACUUUUUAUUCAAUAUAUGUUGUAUAAAUACCAAAAUAGUUUUAUAAUGAAAAAAACUAAUAUUUUGUAAAAUUUACGUUAUUUUUAAUAACUUCCAGACAACGGUUCCGCAUUGAAGAUACCAGCCUCUGGAUAAUGUGGGGAUCCAUAUUUUUCCAUGACAAUUUUAAAGCGUUAUAAAGUUCUUCCACAUUUUAUAGGUUUUUGCUCUUAUCUUCUUGUCCAAUAUUGCCCAUAAAUUUUCUAUAGGAUUUAAAAUCGGAAACUGCGAUGGCCACUUCAAAACCUCUAUUUUUGCUUGCCUAAACAAGUAUUUGGAGGAAUGUUUGGCAUCCUCUGUUUUUUUCAGAGAGCAAAUGUUUUCUAGCUGGUCGUCUAGCUUGUAAUCCACCAUCCAAUAGUCUCUUUCUGACAGUCCUUGAUGAGACAUUAACUUAUAGGUCUUCAGCAAUUUUGGGCUUGAUUUGAGAGAAACACAAAAAUGGAUUUCUUUUUGAAUAUCUUAAAAUUUGCAUGUCUUCAUACGAGGUAGUUUUUUAGUCUUCCUGUCUUCAAGUUUGAAGACACGUGGCCUUCCUUCUGAAAUUGCUGCACAAUUCCGGAUAAAAUUGAUUUAUGAAUGCCAAAUCGUCUUGCUAUUUCCACUUUUUUCACAUCAUCACGAAACAGAUCGACGACGCGACUUUAAUUUCUUUCGGUAUUGCUUUUCCUGUAGGCAUUGCGAAUAAACUAUUUACGGUCGGGUUUUAAAAUAAUUAUCCGAUUUUAUUCUGGCAUUUUAUCUGCAUUGUAUGCAUUCCUGGGAAGGUACAGUGGUCAUUUAUAUUUUAUUAUAGUCAAACUUAAAUAUAAAAUAAUAGUAAGAGAGCAAAUUUUUUUUUAAGUUGCUUUACUUCUAGCCAAUACUGUAUAUGCUAAUAUAUAAAAGAAAAAGCCAUAAAAUCGCUUGUCCAGAUCUAUACAUCGUACGAAUCCUGUGUCUUGAUCUGCAUUGAAAGUUACUCGAAAUCUUCCAAGUUUAACCCUCCCUCCUUUCUUAAGUCGGUCUCUUAAUGAUGAUCCGUGGAACUUAAUUUCUUUUACUGCUUGACGAAUGAAAAUACCUUUGAUCAUAUGACCUCGUGUAAAUCAAUUAUUCUUACAACGUGUGGUAGCCAAAUUAAAUAAAAACAAAUCAUAUAAUUGUAGCAUGAAUUAAUCAAACUAUUAUGAAAUCAUCUUUUUGAAAAUUGGUAAAUACAUUCAAAAUUUAUUGACCUAUUUAUAAUCUUUUAUUAUUAUUUUAUCUUAUAAUUAUUUAAAAAAUAUGCAAAAAAUAAACCAACCUCAUGUUGUCUCCACACCAGCUUCUCGCCAUAAAGUACUUUGCACCUUCAGACCCUGAGCAGCCUUAAUACAGAACACCCCUUCUGGCAGGUAACUUUAAGAUUUUCCGCGGAAAAUUCAGAGUGCGGAGCUUUACCUCCACCUACCCUAUAUUAUUUUUGAACAACUAUUUUAAAACAUUUAGUCCUCUACAGGUAUGUAUUGUCCUUUACCUACGUGUGUGCUCCUUCCGCGUAUUAGGCUGACAGGCCACGUUACUAAACUCUUUUGACGCACUGCAGGGAAAUAUCGAUACAGACGUUUCCAACAACGUAAAUGUCGAUUUACUACAUAUAUUGAGAUUUUAGAGAUUACACAUAAUUAUUUGAUACACAUAAGUGUGAUUAUUUGAACAUUCGUAAAUAUGUGUUUUAACAAUGGAAAAAGUAUGAUGACACUGAAACGUAGUGUUGCAUGAAGUAUAAAAGAAAAAAAAAAGGUGAUCUAUUACUUGUUGAACUGAAUUACGAAUCAGUAAAUGAAACAUUUUAAGUUAAUAUUGACAAAAGUGCACAUAGUUUAAGGGAAAACCAUUAUAUUAUUAAAAAAAUUAUGUAGGUAAAAUGAAAAUCCUGCUGUAUCCCUCCGCUUAUUUAUUUAUUAAACAUGAUUCAGUUUUUUUAAAUUCCCGACAUAUUUUGGACUCAGCGCUGGGUCUAAACUUUUAGUAACUCCAUUAUCAGGAGAUACUAAAAGGAAAUAGUUCUAAAAGACAAACA